CGCGGUGAAGCCGAGGCGAAAUGGAGGAGUCCUGGCGAUGGAGGAGGACCGAGUCGAGGACGAAUCUGGGUGCCGGAUAGAGGCAGGGGAGGAGCACUGGCAAUCUUGCUCUCAUGUCGGUCGAGUGCUCGCUUGGGUUGCCUGGCGUCCACGAAAACGUCGGAGUUCUUGCCUGUUCUUUUUCUGCGUUCUCGCUCUCCUCCCGCCGCUCUUCUUCGCUCCGCUGCAUUCUUCUUGUCUGCUUUUCGACGCUGCCGCGCACAGGCCGGUCUGUGGCGCCCACCGCAAAGCGCAUGCAUCUCUUCUCUCGCCGCGAUACGCUUGUUCCUCCUUCCACUUUCUUUCCUCUCGUCCUCCGUCUGUCGACGCAAGUCCUUCUCGUUCGUUUCUCGCCUCUGCCUCGUCAGGAGUUGCCUCCGUCCGUCCCCCCGCUCGAUCAUCUCUGUUCUCCUUUUUCCCUCGCUCACCCUCUCUCGGUCCUUCUGGUUCUUUUGCGUCUCCUUCGUUUCGCCAGUCGACCUUUCGUACCGAGUCGUCGUCGCCGCUCUCUCCGUCUGUCUCUGCUUCUGCUCCUUCUCUGCCCUCCGCCUUCCUCCUUCUCUCCUGUCUGUCGAGUUCUCCCCGUCUGCGUACCUUCUCCUUGCCUGUCUCUAAGGGCGUCUGUUUCCUCUCGCUUCCUUGGUGGCGUGCUUCUGCGAAUCCGCCGUUCGGCGGUCUGCCGCCUCGAACCUCUCGGGGGUUCAAGAGAGCCGCUCGAGAGCCAGUCGAUGGCCUCUCUUCUUUCGCUCAAAGGCCGCAAACAGAUGGAUCAAUCGCCUCUUUUUUUGCCUCGAGGACCUCGCCGUCGAGUCGCCGGCCUCGCCCUCCACCCGCCGCUGCUCUGCGGAACCUCGCAGCCGGCCGAGACCGCACUGGCGGCAGCUCGGAGGGGAAGACGCACAAGGGCAAGAACAGACAGAGAGAAAAAGAGAUCAGAGAGAGGAGGGGGGAGAACGGGAAGAAGGACAAGGCGAGCGAGGGAGACAGCAAGACGCCGAGUGACGGAGAGAAGAAGGAGCGCAAGAGGCGGCGCAGGCCGAAAACCACGGAAACUCGUGAGGAGCGACUACGCGCUUUGAAGGCGUCCAGCGAGCGUUCAGGCGCAGAGGACAGUGGAGUGACUGAGAACGGCAGAUCGCGGAUCGCGGGAGCGAACGAGGAGAGAGGGGAGAUCGAGGGGCGAAGAACCGUGGGCAGGCGAAACCUGACGAAGGCGAGACGAAAUGACGGUGAGGACGAGAGCACCGGCUUCGAGCUCGCAUCCCUUCCUCGAGAGCCUGCCCGCGACAAGCAGCGAAGCGGCGCCAAGACGCAGAGCGCAUCUGGGAGAAAGACGAGACGCACAUCGACCCUCCCAUCUCGGAAGCGCGAGAAGGCUCGGCUCUCGACGAAAGGAAAUGGAAGGCAAACGAGGACGUGCGCCUCCAGGCGGCAGCUCCCGAAAGACGCCGCGGGCGGACGGCGGAGUGAAGAACUCGCGGAGAGAGGAAGGGAGACUCCGAACGCCCCCGAGAAAUUCCACCUGGUGUUGGUGGAGUCGCCGGCGAAGGCGAAGACGAUUGAAAAGUUUCUGCGAGACCAACAGGCUCGGUUCCUCGUUCGAGCCACCAGAGGGCAUGUUCGGCAACUCCAGCGCAGAUCAGGCGCCGUCCGCGUGCUUGACCGGAAGGUGGCGUUUGCCUGGGCGCCGGUCGGAGACAAGAUGCCUGUUUCGCGUUCCUCGUCCUCCGCAUCUUCCUCGUCCUCGGCAUCUUCCUCGUCCUCGGCAUCUUCCUCCUCAGCCUCUCAGGAGAGCUCGGGGACUGCAGCGGAAGAAUCUGCUCGGCGCGGGAGAAAGCGCCAGCAGGCGGGAUCCGCGGAAACGGCGCUCGACGACGAAAGCUCCUUUCUGGUUCGAACCGUUAACGAUGUGCUCUCCGAGGUCGGGUGUAUAGACACUCUGUUUCUCUGCACAGACCCCGACCGCGAAGGCGAAGCGAUUGCUUGGCACAUCGUCGCCUCUCUCAAUCAACAGGCCGAGGCGACGGAGCAGCGGAAGGAGUCGCCAAGUUCCCUCACCCACCCGUCUCCCCCCUCAUCGGCUGCGACCUCUGUCGCCUCGGGUCCCUGGCCUCUGCUUUCACGGAUCAAUGCCGUCCGGCGCGUCCGGCUCCAAGAAUUGACCCCCGCGGCCGUGCGUCGCGCCCUCCGCGCGGCCGGCGAAGACGCGGAAAAAGUCACAGAGGCGAAGAACAAAGAGCCGACAAACGGCGACGAGGACGAGGACGAGGAGAAGGAGGAGGUGAAGGAGACGAACGGCGAGAAGCUUGAAAGGGAAAUCAGGGAGGGAGAGGAGGACGCGGGAGGCGAUGAGGACGAGAAAGCGAGAAGGUCGUCGUUGCCUGAACGCGAAACCAUCGCUCUGGAAGGCCUGAAUCAAAACCUCGUCCGCGCUUAUCUCGCGCGACUCGCUAUCGAUUACCUGGCAGGCUUUUCGCUUUCGCCGCUGCUGUGGAGGAAGCUCCCCGGAAGCAAGAGCGCGGGCCGCGUCCAGUCGGCGGCACUGAAACUUCUCGCCGAUCGGGAGGAGGUCAUCGAGGCCUUCAAGCCUCAGGCUCUCUCAACCGUGCACGCAACAGCUCGACUUCGGUGGGCGUCUCCAGAAAGCUUCGAGAACGCCGCAAACGGACGCCCAGAAGAAACAGAAGAUGGACGCGAAAGAGCAGACGGCCGCGAGGAAGAAGGAGACGACGGAGGCAGGAGUGCUCGAGAUGCAGCCACAGAACCACGACGGGAAGGGAAGGAUGGGGAAGCGGAUGAUGAUGGAGAGUUUCCGUGGAGAACGGCGAAGGCAACCACGAGCAAGCACGGGAGAUGCGGUCCAAUCACAGUGAAUCUGAAACUUUCUCUUUACAAGGGCAAGCCAUUCGUAGCUGCGACUCGUCCACCCUCAGCUGUGGCUCCUCUCUCUUCUCCACCUCUCUCUUCUCCACCUCUCUCUUCAACUUCCUGCUCUCCAUCUUCCUGCUCUUCGCCUUCUGUCUCCACUCUGGGGGGCAACGCUGCGCCUGUCUCUGAGGCCUCUCAGGCGACUCCCCCGCAGAUGUCUGAAGGCGACGAAGAGACGGCAGGAGAGGCGAGAGGACAUUCGCAGCGAGGAGUGAGAGGGGAGCUUCUGGAUGAGGCUGCGGACCCGACAGAAGGAGCGAGGGAAGGCGAGAACGGUGGAAAGAAAGAAUGCGCAAACGAGAAUGGCGCUGCCGAGCUGCAGGCGGAUCGAGGAAAAGAUGCAAACGAACCGGCGCCGGUCGACAGCGCAGACGUCGAAUCGGUCUUGGAGAACCUCCGACGCAUGCACUUUGAUCGCGUUGACCUCGCCGUCUCUUUCUCAUCUUUGAAGCCUCCUACCCCGUUCCGGACAGCUACCCUUCAACAGGCUGCUUCUCGCCUUCUUGGUUUUUCUCCAGCGACGACGAUGCGCGUUGCCCAGACUCUCUAUGAAGGCGUCGAAGGUCUGGGAGGUCUAAUCACGUACAUGCGCACAGACAGCUCGACUGUCUCUGCCGCGGCUCGUGAGGAGAUUCGUCGUUUCGUUGCGUCUUCCUUCUCGCCGUCGAUGCUUGCCAACGACGAGGCUUCCUCUGGAGAAGGCGAAGCCGAGAAGCAGCGUAACGUCACGAGAAAGAGAACGAGGGAAGCUUCUCGCUUUGCUCAAGAGGCACACGAGGCCAUUCGACCAACGAGCAUCGAGCUCCAUCCCGAGACCCUCCGCCAGCGCCUGGCCGCCGGCCUGUCUCCUCGCCUGGCCGGCGACCCCACAAAGAACAUGGCGGCCGGCUCUGGAGAGCGAGAGGCACACGAAGGAGCGCAAUCUGAAGACCUCAAAAAGACGCGAGACAUGGCAAAAGGGGCUGGCCUGAACGCUGCACUCGUCGCCGUCUACGAUCUCAUUUGGAGGCGGACCCUGGCCUCGGAAAUGGCUCCCGCCCUCCGUCAGGCGCUGAAAAUUUCGCUGGUGGCCUCGGCGGCGCACGGGCACUCUGUGGCGGAGACAUCACACGCGAGAGACGAAGACGCGGAGACAUCCAGAGGCCAGUUGCGCGGCACCGACCGCGAAAUGUCUUCGCCGGACUGCACAGGAGAGAACAUCCAGACGGCGCAAGACGAGGACAUGAAGGAGGAGGAGAAGGGGAACGGCCUCGCGGCGAGAGGGACGGUGGCGGCCCAGGGAAGCGAAGGCGAGACACACCUUGAGGCGGAGACUCGGCGAACCAUCUUCGAUGGAUUUCUGAGCGUUUAUGCGUUCGGCGCCACUGCGCGAGAGCGCAUGCAGAAUGCAGAAUCAGAGGAAGCGCAAGAAGAAGAAACGGAGGCGGAAGACGCAGGCCACAGCGAAACAGCUGAACCGGCAUCGUCGCCCGCGGAACUCUUCGCCUUCUUCGACGCCUAUCCCCCAGCUGCUGCCGUUGUGAAUCGAGGCUUCCAGUUGUCCCGCUCCUCGAUUUCCUUCUCUCUCGCCUCUUCCUCUCCACUGUCUUUUUCGCCGUCGUUGGGUUCACAUGCCUCCGCAUGCACUGGGUCACUGCGACGCACUGCCUCCCCCAGCAGUCCACUCAAGUCUGCUCCGUCUUCUCCUUCUUCCGCUCUGGACUCGUCGCCACCUGCUUCUCCUGCUUCGCUUCUGCCUUCUUCACCCGCGUCUUUUGCCUCUUCGUCGCCUCCGUGUUCACCUCUUACUUCUUCCUUUCCUCCGCAUCCGCAGGGUCUCGCCCCGCGUAUCUCGGAUUUGCGUUUCUAUGUUGCGCAUCGGUGCACUCGGCCUCCGCCGCGUUUCUCGGAAGCGUCCCUGAUCAACACCCUGGAGCGUCUGGGGAUCGGUAGGCCUUCGACGUACGCCGCGGUUCUCGCGGCGCUCUGUGACCGGCUGUACGUCUAUCCUACGACUCCGAAGAAGAAAUCGUCGUCUCCCCUUUCCUUCGCUGCGUCUUCCCCUCCGCCGGCCGCGCCUUCUUCCUCUCGGUCUCCAGCUUCUUCAGACAUGCGCAUGUCGCCGUCUCUCCGCAGAGGCCGCCUUGCCCCUUCGCCUCGCGGGCGCCUCGUCGCCGCGUUUCUCGACGCCGCCGUUCCUGACUUUGUCAACGCGCGCUUCACUGCCAGUUUGGAGGAAUCUCUGGACGCCAUCGCCGCGGGCAGAGACGACUGGGUCCGAGUUGUCCAUGCAUUCUGGAACGACCUCCAAGCCAAAAUUGCCGCAGCCGAGAAGCUUCACCCGAAGGCCGUGCGAGACGCCCUCGAGCACUCCUUGGCCGGGAUGAUCUUCGGAGACAGCAUGCCGACACAGGCGUCAGAGGAGACAGAUGAAAAGGAGACAGAAGCGACGGCCGGGGAGACGAACGCAGAGACCGGGCGCGGAGCUGAGAAGGCGAGAAGCCGAGCCACGGAGGCGAGCGCGAAACGAGGUACCGACGGUGUGGGGUCGUCGUUUACGCCGCCACUGUGUCCCUCGUGCGGCGAAGGCGUACUGAAGCUGCGGAUACACUCGCGAGGCAUCUUCGUCGGAUGCAGCGCGUACCCCAGGUGUACGUACACCCAGUCCGUGCCGCCUCCGCAGAAGCGAGCAAAUGGCGAAGACAGUUCCGCCGUCAAUGCUCCUUCCUCUCCCAAGGAGGCUGACGGAUGAGCUUUCUCUACUCCUCUGUCUAGGAAGUUCAUCGAAGUAGAAAGGGGAACGCCGUCUCAUUUGAGAGCUCUGCUGCUGACGCAAAAGUGAAGUGUCUUGUCUUGGUGGAACAUCCAAGUGCGAGCAGCGCGAGAAAGCUGAAAAACAUGCUCUCCAAAAACGUCUUCAACUGUGAGAGUUGAGGCACACACCUCUCCUUUCUUCACACUGUUGACACCCCGAACGAAAGAGAGUCAUCAAUCCCUCUUCAUAUAUGUAUAUAUAUGUCUCUCUCUCUCUCUCUAUAUAUAUAUAUAUAUAGAUAGAUAGAUACAUGAAAUUGUUUAUAUCUGAAUUCCUGAAUGGAUUGGUAAUUGCAUGUGGCUUUACUUGUUUGGUUGAGCAUGAUGCUCGUGUAUUCACAGGUUGUCUUGAAACGUUUUCCUGAACAGAAACUGUGAGGACAUCUAAC